UUGACACUUGAAUAUUUUAUAAACCUUUGAUGUGUUAGUGUUUUAUUGGACUUAAUAGUAAAUUUUACAUGCAAUUAAACUUUAGACCUAUAAAAGGAGAAGUAAUUUCUAAGUAGUACGACAAUUUAGUAAAUGUGCAUUAGAUAGUACUAAUUAAGACCAAUUGAUGCGAUAAAAAUUACAUGGAGUAUUAACCUAAGACUUAUUUUAAAUUAAUUGUAAUAAUUAAGAACACAUGAAAGUAUAUUGAUAGACAAUGGGAUUUUAUUUAUGUAGUCGUUAUAGAAUAAUUGUUCUUAUUCUUGUUAUAUUAAUUAUGUGGCAGAUUUAUGCUAAUUAUUCACAUUUUAUGUUGACAAAAUCUACCACUACUUCAGCGAGUAAUAUUGUACAAUUAGAAGAUGAUUCUUAUAAUACACAUAAACAAGAUAAAGUUAAAGUAAGAGUGUAUUAUGAAACAUUGUGUCCUGAUUCAAAGCAUUUUUUCGUGAGACAUUUAGGACCAGUGACAGAAAAGCUUUCAGAUUUUCUUGAUGUCACAUUGGUACCAUAUGGUAAAGCAACUACAACUGAAAGAAAUGGACAGUACUAUUUUAAGUGUCAACAUCAAGAAGAAGAAUGCUAUGCAAAUAAAGUACAUGCAUGCAGUAUUGAUAUAUUAAACAAUAUAGUAUUAGCUGUUAAGAUAACAGUGUGCAUGAUAGAAGAUAACUAUGAUGCUGACGGUGCUCUACAUAAGUGUGCCAAACAACUGAAUAUUGAACCGGAGCCAAUAAUCAACUGUGCUGGAACUACGCAUGGUUCAGAACUACUGAAAAAGUAUGGAGAUGACACACAUAUACUGAAACCUACUUUUAUACCAACUGUAACAUUAAAUGGUUCAAGGGAUAAUCAAGCUGCCAUAUUGAAGAAUUUUCUUCUAGAAGUUUGUAAGUUAAUUGCUAUGCCCCUACCUCCACCUUGUUUGUGACAUUUUCGACUUUUUAGAAAUAGAUAUAUUGAAUUAGAUGGAUAGAUAUUGUUUUUAUAUAGUCUGUCAAUUAAAUUUGUCUACAUGAAAUGCUUUAUGCCUACAUGAAAAAUGUGUAUGUUACUGCCGUCUACCAUUAGGCAUGUGAAAUUUUUUAUAACUCAAAUUUCGUGCACAAUCUCUUGAUUCAUGAUUCAUUAAGUAUAUAUCUAAUGUCAGUGAUGCUAUAGAGCCUAUUAAUGGUGUGGUCCAC